AUGCCAUCUUCACUCACUCAGAAGCUGUGCGUAGCGCUCGCGCUCGUAUCUGCCGCCAUUGGCGCGCUCGCCGAAGACGCACACCACCACGAUACACACUAUGUGCGCAGUCUCAAGCACUCGCGCCGCGCACACGUCGAAGCACGCAACGACGACGACGAGGCCGGCCCCUCGUCGCUGUCCAAGCGCGGUCCGUCGUACUCCGGACGAGCGACGUACUACGCUGCCGGACUGGGAGCUUGUGGCAACUACAACUCGGGCAGCGACUUUAUCGUGGCGCUCAAUGCGGCACAGUACGGCAACAUGGGGCAGCGCUCUUCGUGGUGCGGCAAGACGAUUGCGAUCACGUACAACGGGAACACGCAGUAUGCGACUGUGCAGGAUGCGUGUCCGUCGUGUCCGUACGGAGGGUUGGAUAUGAGCGAGGGGCUCUUCAAGGCGUUUGCGAACACCGAUGUCGGCGUGUUCCAGAUGUCCUGGACGGCCGCCGAUGGAUCGGGGGGUGGUAACAACAACCAGUGGACGAGCAAGACUUCGAGCACGCCCGCUUGGACGCCCAAGCCGACGCCGACGAGCACUUGGACUCCGCCGCCGUCGAGCACUUGGACCCCCGCGCCCACCUCGACUUCCGCCCGCUCCUCGUCGUCCUCUUCGUCGUCGGCGUCCUCUUCGAGCGCGUCGAGCGCGUCCUCGUCGUCUGCCUCCUCCGCUUCGUCCGCAUCAGCAGCCGCGUCCACGUCCAACUCGCCGGCGGCAAACAACCUCGACAGCUUUGCCCUGAUCUACCAGGGUUUGAAUCAGAUGGCCGUUGCCGCUGCAAGCUAA